AUGGUAGAAGAAAGAACUGUCCCUCAACAAUCCUUAGCUCGUUUAUUCCCCCAAGGUUUCCCAGAAUUCUGGGCUAAAUUAGAGUUUAAAAAAGACUUAGAGCAAGUAAUCUACUCUUACACCCCCGCUACCUUAACCCACGAGGAAAUUAAGAAAACCCUAGCCAGUGGAGGCUAUGGUCUCGGUGCCCCAAGUUUAAAACCAACACCCUCACGGCCAUCGUGGAAAUCCGUCGUAAAGAAUGACUGUGAACCGAUAUUUUCCGGGACAGCAGUGGGCAAUUUGGGGGCUUCCAAAGACAGAACCAACUUUCCACCCAAAACCAAGAACAAGGGCAAGGGAACCGAAGCUCUAACCGGAAGAACACUACCGACAAGAUUAACCAUGUCGGCAAAGAAUUCUAUCGAAGCCAGAAGGAUGCUAAUGUUGCCACCACCACCCAGGAUAGCUACCAAUUAG